CAUCAUUCUCAAAAUCUCUCUCAAAGCUCCAAAUCUCCAUCGCGAAGAAGACCAGAUACUCAAUCUCAGUCGCCGGAAAAGAUGUCUGGCCGUGGAAAGGGCGGGAAGGGGCUGGGAAAGGGCGGAGCAAAGCGGCACCGGAAGGUUCUGAGGGACAACAUCCAGGGCAUCACGAAGCCGGCCAUCCGCCGUCUGGCUCGCCGUGGAGGAGUGAAGCGGAUCUCCGGUCUCAUCUACGAGGAGACUCGCGGCGUCCUCAAGAUCUUCCUGGAGAACGUGAUCCGCGACGCCGUCACCUACACUGAGCACGCUCGCCGGAAGACUGUCACCGCCAUGGACGUCGUCUAUGCUCUCAAGCGACAGGGCCGUACCCUGUACGGCUUCGGCGGCUAGGGUUUAGGUGUCGAAUCAAUGUACAUCUUUGCGAAAUUUCUCGACUUUUAGUGGUUUUUGUCAUGAUUAUCUCUAUGUUCUUCUCAAUUCCUGUCAUCUCUUUUGAUUCAAUGAAAUCAAUUCGUAAUGGUUGGAACCCUAAUUUCUGAUCUUGUUGUAUAAUUUCAUUUCCGGAGUAAUUGAUUGGUACAAAAUUGUGAUUAGGGAACGAUAGAAUAUAUAUCCCUCCGUCUUUUUCUACAAUCUUCCAUCUCGGUUCCUUUGUGCUUGAACAUAAAUUUAAGCUUGUUUU